CCUCGUAUCUCUCCGCUAGGGCCGCUCAGCUCUCUUUUGUUGUCUGAGGACUGCUGCUGUGUGAAAGUGCGUGAAGAAGGCAGAGUACGUAGGCAAACUCGGCUAACUAUGGUGUUGCUGUAAAGCUAAUUUUUGUCGAAGAAGAUAGCUUGCUAACGUUAAUGUUAGCAAGUAGCCUGUUCGUGUAAAUGCUAGAAUGGACAUGAUAAACUCUCAGUUCCUGGACAAGAUGAACAAUAACAUUGGGAGACUGCACUACGAAGAUGAGUCCAAGAUGCCCUCCCUGUCUGCCACUAUGUCCAAUAUAAGUGGGCCUCCUCCUCACUGCCCAAGCAAACGAAAAUAUGGCGAAGAACAAAUGGAAGACCGAUUCCACUGUGAUGAAGACCAUAUGACCAAAAUGAGCAGAUUGUUUGCCACCCAGCUGGGACGUCCCUCUGCUGGAGACAACCGUAGUGAGCACUGGAGCCUCAGCCACAGUCCUGGGGAGCACGUUAUUUCCUCCUCUAAUGGUCUCCAUGGGAACCAUCUGUAUGCCUCCAUUGCUGGCUAUGCUGUAGACCAGCCGAUACCUCUGACCAAAAGCAGCCAUGACAUUGGAGUCAGGGGAACAGAACGGUCUGUCAUAAGUGGAACUGUAGAGCGACAGCAGAAUCGUCCCUCAGUUAUUACCUGUGCCCCUGCGAGCAACCGCAACUGCAACCUCUCUCACUGCCACAUGAAUGGUUGCACUCCUAGCCCACCUACUGACCCGAGAAAGGCUAAUGUAUGCGAUCCUGUGAUUGAGGAGCACUUUCGCCGCAGUCUUGGAGAGAACUACAAAGAAGCAGAGUCUGUGUCUAACUCGGUGUCCAUAACGGGUUCAGUGGAUGACCAUUUUGCCAAGGCACUGGGAGAUGCCUGGCUCCAAAUCAAGGCCAGGGGUGGGGGCCAUCAAACUCCAGACGCUGAUCCGUGAAUCAGAGGGGAGUAAACAUUAUAAUCACUUAAGUAUGUGCAUAUGAGAGUAGAGAUCGCUUGCUCUCAUUUCUUGCCAAGAAUCAACUUCUCUUAACCAAGAACAGAGUAAGACAUAUGGUGCUCACACCGGCUGUUCGCUUGUGGACCUCGAGGGUCAACCUUCUGUUAGCUCAGAUUUGUAAUCUGAAAUCAUUAAAUCGCUCUUAUAAUAGAAGAGAAUCUUAAUAUUGAAUAGUUGGGUUGACAGUGUUAGUUGUGGAAACAAUCACAGAUUUUAUUUUGAAAUGAAAAUGAGAUUCACAGAGUGGUCAGUUGUUCGGAGUUCAUGCUCUGUUUUACCUGCCUUUCACCUGCCUUGAUAGCCAAAGAGUUUCCUGCCUUUCCAAUCAACAUAUAAGCCAUGGAUUUACUCUUUAUUUUCAUCUAAAUCACACUGCUUUUUGAAUUUAUAUUACUUGAAAAGGACAGCCAGGUCUCAUUUGCACUAUUACAUUUCUGACCGUUUAAGGUAGCAGGUUACCUGUUUCAGUUGGACCUGAUGUGUUCACGAAUACAUUUGUGAUUGUGAUAAUGCAAUUAAGGCUCUGGUUCCCCGCUUUGUGAAGACACUAGCCUAAUCAGUCUUCUUUAUGAUGGUGAACUGGACGUAUCCACUGUUGAAUAAUUAUAGUUUCCUGUCUAUACACUCACUGUGGGCGAUUACUUAAUAAACUAAUAUCACAGUAGAUAUCUAACUAGACAGCAUGUUUUAAAUAGCUGGGUUCUAUUACAAUCCUUAUUCUAUACUAUAUAUUUACUCAGAAUUUAUUUUUUAUCUGUAACAUUUUAGAAAUACUCACUGCUGGUACAGUUGUACUCAAUAUAUUUUUUUGUAUCUGGUUUUCAUUAGUAUAUGUAGAUGUAUAUCCUAGCAUCCAUCUACAAGUCACAGCCUCUGGCAAGGUUGUAUGAAUACAGUUAAAUAGGCUGCAUUGCUUUUUUUUUGUUUGUUUGUUUUGUUAAUUCUGUGGAGCUGAACACUGCGGCUUUACACAAGACUGAAUACAGCUAAAUCUGAUUUUCUGUAGCUUUUUAUUAGCAGUAACUUUAUUUAUUCUUCACAUGUUGAUAGUUUCAUGUUGACUUUUGGCAAAAUGGAGUGACAACAGAACUUGGACUUUAAUGUGUUUCUUUUUGUUGUUGUUCUCUUUUUUUCUUUUAAUUGGUUCAUUCCACGAAAAGUUCAUUAGUGCCUCACACCUCACCUCCUCACAGUAAGCAUAUUUAUUUUUUUCUACAGUAACUACAGUAUGCUUAAUAAAGCCAUAGAAAGUUACAGGAAACUAAAUGGUGCAUUCAAAUUUUUUGCACUUUUAAAUUUGUGAUGUAGAGUAACUGAAACAAGCUUUAAAAAAUUUUAGAGUAAUUGGUCAUUUUGUAACAUUUGUUACUAGGCUGAUCUUCUAGCUGUGAUAUUUUUUUCCCUUAAUUUUCUAAUAGUCAUUGUUUUGGUCACCUUAAAAUGUAACUUGAGGUUGAGAAAUUAAGAAGCAACAUUAUAUAUAUAUAUUCUAGAUAAUGUUUUGGACAUAUCAAUUUUAUCAGACAGCGCUUACUUACCCAUAUUUUGAGGCCCUUCAGAAAUAAUGCUCAAACUUUGAAGGUAACUACUUGUUUGGCUUCAUCAAAUACAUUCAUAAAAAAUCAGCUAAUUCGAUCAGGUGGGGGCUUCUUUUUUUUUUUCUUUCUUUCUUUCCCAACAGUAAGAACAACAAAGGAUUUCUCCAUUGCUUUACCAAUAAGCAGUUGAUCUCCCUUAAAAAUAAGAUUUUCAUGCACAUGCAAUAUGGGUGUCCUUUUAUAAGUAGGCAUCAACAUUCCAUCACUGCUGCCUGACGCUAAGCUGUCACUUCAGUUGUGUUUAGCUUUUACUGUUACACAUAUAUUGUCUGUUUUGAAUCAAGGUGAUGUCAUGGUGUCUGCUGCAGAAGUUUUGAGGAAAAAAUGAGAACAGUUUUGUCUUUUUAUGCAGUGACAUUUUGGUUAAAUUUUUCCUCUUGUCAAAUUCUCUUUUGUUAGCGUAAACUAUUUGUCAACACUGACUGAGAUGGGGGUAUUGUAAAGUCUAAUUUUGGUCAUUUAACUGCCUGUGAAAAUCUAUACAUUUGUAUUAAUAUUCUGCAAUUUUUAAGUCAUUGCAUACACUAUCCUGACUUUAUACUUUAAUUUACUCACAAGACUGUCAUUGCGCCGUGCGGAAUGAUUGAUUUUAUUAUUAUUAUUUUUUUCUUUCAGUAGUGUACUUCUCUGUAGCAUGGAUGCUCAAUAUCUUCUAAUCAUGCAUUCUAACUUUCUACAGGUUGAUUAUUUUCCCACAGUUGUCAGAUGAUUAUUACGUGCAGGAACACAACAGCCUCUUGAUCCAAGACUUUCUUUGUGUCAAAAGUACUUCUGUAACACUAUUAGUUUGUGUAGGUUUUGUUCGUACCAUAGUAGAAAUUAGGGUUUGUCACAGGAUCUGCUUGUUUGACACAAGUAGGGUUUUCAAUAAUAUGUUUGGGGUUUUAGUCAAUUGUUAUUUAAUUUCUGUAUUUACACUACCUGUAUCUCAGACUGUUUAAGGUGUCAUCCAAAUACAAAAAACAUUUGUGCAUUUUUGUCCUUAUUUCUCUGGAAGAAAACACCACUUUUUGUUUUGUUUUUGUUUUUUUUACUUACAUUUCUUCAAAAUAAACAUAUAAUGCCUGC